AUGGCCGAUACAUGGAAAUGGACGCCUGAUUCGAAACUCUGCUUUGUUACCACUGGAGCCACCGCGCCAUUCACUGAACUUAUCGAAUCGGUUUUGAUGCAGUACGGUUCCGCCAAGGAUGUCUACGAGCAGUUCUCAACCUUAGCUCGAGCAUACAUCCAGGAGACCCAAUCAAAAGGAGAGUUCAUAAUAGAGGGCAUCGAUUUCAACCCAGACGGGUUGCAAGCCCAGUUCCAAUUAGUUCAGCGGUCAAAAGGCUUGGUCAUCUCACAUGCUGGCUCGGGCUCGAUCCUCGAAGCACUCCGCUACCAGAUCCCACUUAUCGUCGUGCCCAACACUGGACUACUCGACAAUCACCAAGAGGAGCUCGCAGCCGCAAUGGAACGUAACAACUAUCUCGUCCGCGGCGACGUCACAAAUCUUGCACCUGCGAUAAAGAAGUCUGACGAAUUCCGAUUGAAGAUGUCGCAGUUUCCACCUGUUACUAGCGGGAAGCAUCGUGAGACUAAGAGCUUCGCGGCUAUUAUGGAUGAGACGACGGGACAUAUGGAUUGA